AUGGCAUCAUUUGCAGGGACAACUCAGAAGUGUAAGGCAUGUGAGAAGACUGUAUACUUAGUGGAUGAACUCACUGCUGAUAACAAAGUCUAUCACAAGGCUUGUUUUAGAUGCCACCACUGCAAGGGUACUCUCAAGUUGAGCAACUAUUCAUCCUUUGAAGGUGUUUUAUAUUGCAAGCCUCACUUUGAUCAACUUUUUAAGAGGACAGGCAGCUUGGAUAAAAGUUUUGAAGGCACUCCAAAAACGGUUAGAGUUGACCGGUCAGCUGAUCAGGUCCAUAGCAACAGCAAAGUCUCAAGUAUGUUUGCUGGAACUCAGGAGAAAUGUGUUGCUUGCAAGAAAACUGUUUACCCAAUUGAAAAGGUGGCAGUUGAUGGAACAUCUUAUCAUAAAGCUUGUUUCAGAUGCGCUCAUGGAGGCUGUAUCAUCAGCCCAUCAAAUUAUGUAGCCCAUGAGCAUCGUCUUUAUUGUAGGCACCAUCAUCAUCAGCUCUUCAAGGAGAAGGGAAACUUCAGCCGACUUGACAAGCAUGAACUUGUCACGCCAGUGAAUGAGACUGCAGCUGCUGAAUGA